UAAUAGAAUAGAAUGAUUUAUAAGCGAAGAUUCGAAUGUAAAGUUAUUGAGGAAACAAUGACUUCUAAAGUGAGAGACCCUCAUCCCCUUCCUCUCUAAAACCCCAUCCUUUCCUUAAAUUAUCUUCUUUUCUUCUCCUUGAAUUAUGCAAAACCCUACUUUAAAAACUAAUUUUCUCCAAAACCCAUUAGAUUUAACAACACAUAUAUAAUUACCAAAUUGCAUUAUUCAAUGUAAAACUUUCCAUUACAUUCUUUUAUUUUUAUUUUUAUAUUAUAUAUAGAAUCAUUCAAUUUUUGCAUGAUUUGCACAUUCAGGAAAAUUCAACUUGAAGCCAACUCUUUUUGUUUCAUGUCAUUAAUACAUUAAUCAAUUCUCUUCAUAUCAUUAAUUUGUUAUGUUAUAUUCUUCUUUUUAUCACACAAAAAAAAUGCAUCCCCCAAACACAUACAUUCUCUUGUUUUGCCUUAUGACCUCUUUCUUCUCUGCCAUUAGGGCCACUCUUAAUCUCACACUUCCUUAUCAACACCCUAAUCCCGAAGCUGUUGUUCAAGAAGUACAAAGGAGAUUAAAUGUAUCUAUACAUAGAAGAGAAUUGUUGGACAUAGCAGGCAAUUGUCUCACUGGAAACCCAAUAGACGAUUGCUGGAAAUGCGAUCCAAAUUGGUUCAAUGACCGGCAACAUCUUGCAGACUGCAGCAUUGGGUUUGGCCGGUUUGCAUUAGGUGGAAAAGGCGGUCAAUAUUACAUAGUCACAGAUUCGUCAGAUAACGACCCAGUGAACCCAAUUCCAGGCACUCUAAGGCACGCAGCCUUACAAACCGAACCCUUAUGGAUCGUAUUUGCAUCAAGCAUGCUCAUUAGACUCAAACAUGAACUCAUUGUCAAUAGUUAUAAAACAAUAGAUGGCCGAGGGGUCAACGUUGAUAUAACUGGUGGAGGUUGUAUCACAGUUCAGUAUGUAACAAAUGUGAUCAUUCAUAAUAUUCGGGUUUAUAAUUGUAAACCAUCUGGGAACACGGAUAUACGAUCAAGUCCAACGCACGUUGGACGUAGAGGGUUAUCUGAUGGUGAUGGGAUUUCGAUAUCAGGGUCAAGAAAUAUAUGGAUUGAUCAUUGUUCAUUUGCUCAUUGUACUGACGGUUUGAUAGAUGCAAUUUUGGGGUCAACUGCUAUCACUAUUUCAAAUAGUUAUUUUACUAAUCAUAAUGAAGUUAUGCUUAUGGGACAUGAUGACGCGUACUUACCAGAUAAAGGAAUGCAGGUUACGUUUGCGUUUAAUCAUUUUGGCAGAGGUCUGAUACAAAGAAUGCCGCGGUGUAGACAUGGGUAUUUUCAUGUAGUAAACAAUGAUUUUACUGAAUGGAAGAUGUAUGCAAUUGGUGGAAGUGCGAAUCCAACUAUCAAUAGUCAGGGUAAUCGGUACAUUGCACCACCAGACCCGAAUGCAAAGGAGGUGACAAAACGAGUGGACGCAAAUGAGAAGAAUUGGGUUGGAUGGAAUUGGAGAACGGAUGGAGACUUGAUGGAAAAUGGUGCGUUUUUUGUGCCUUCUGGUCAAGACCUAAACGACAUGUAUGCAAAGGCGAGUAGUGUUAAUCCUCAGUCAGCCUACCUCAUCGAUCAACUCACGAUGAAUGCCGGUGUCUUCGGUCAGCCAAGGGAAGUGGGGAGUGUGUCGUUUGGUGGUGGUCCAAUAACAAGACCAGGAGAUGGUGGUGCAGGUAGGAAUGGUGGCAGCAACCCUAAUGACGACGAUUAUUUUGGAAUAAUAUUUGGGAGCGGCGCAGUCGCAAGAUCACCGGCACCCACCACCCUUUUUUUGAAUUCUCUAAUUCUUUUAGUUAUUUACAUCACCAUCAGUACUAAUGGUGGUGUUUUAUUUACAUUAUUAUUAUCAUUCCCAUUACUAUAGUGAUAAAUUUGGAAAAGUUAGUAUAUAGGAGAAAGAAAACAAUUUUAGUGAUUAUAUGAUCAAUUACUUAGCUGUUGUAUA